CCCAUGUCACCUGGAGAGAAACUGGACCCGCUGCCUGACGCCUUCAUCCUACAGCCGCCAGUCUUCGACCCGGUGGUUCCUUACGUCACAACAAUUUUUGGUGGCUUACGCGCAGGCAAGAUGGUCAUGCUGCAAGGAGAGGUCCCUCUGGACGCGCGCAGGUUCCAGGUGGACUUCCAGUGCGGCUGCAGCCUGCAUCCUCGGCCGGACAUCGCCAUCCACUUCAACCCUCGCUUCCACACCACCCAGCCCCACGUCAUCUGCAACACCCUGCACGACGGGCGCUGGCUGGCCGAGGCCCGAUGGCCCCGCCUGGCCCUGCAGAGAGGAGGCAGCUUCCUCAUCCUCUUCCUCUUCGGACACGAGGAAAUGAAGGUGAGCGUGAACGGACAGCACUUUCUCCACUUCCGCUACCGGCUCCCGCUGUCCCGUGUGGACACGCUGGGCAUAUUCGGGGACAUCUUGGUGAAGGCUGUUGGAUUCCUGAACGUCAAUCCAUUUGCAGAAGGCAGCAGCGAGUAUCCAGUUGGACAUCCGUUCCUGCUGGGGAGUCCCAGGCUGGAGGUGCCCUGCUCACGCCCCCUUCCCCGGGGUCUUUGGCCCGGACAGGUCAUCGUGCUGCGGGGGCUGGUCUUGCCAGAGCCAAAGGAUUUCACUCUGCGGCUGCUGGACAAGGCCAUUCGGGCUGCUGUGACACUCAAGGCUUCCUUUGCGGACAGAACGCUGGCUUGGGUCUCCCCCUGGGGACGGAAGAGUCUGAUCUCGGCCCCCUUCCUGUUCUACCCCCAGCGAUUCUUUGAGGUGCUGCUCCUGGGCCAGAAAGGAGGACUGCAGCUGGCGCUCAACGGGCAGGCGCUGGGGGCCACCAGCCUGGGCCGGCAGGCCCUGGAGCAGCUGCGGGAACUGCAGGUCAGCGGCAGCAUCCAGCUGUACUGUGUGCACUGCUGA